AAGUGCUGUUUCCGUUGCUGCAGCUGCGGAAGCGAAGAGCGGGACACGAGUUAGAGAGGUUUCCUGUUAAAUCUCCUGAACACGCGACAAGAUGGAAAGCGUUUCUAUUGACAGUUUAAUCCUGAAGCUCCACGAUGUGAACGCGGUGAAGUUCGGAGAAUACAAGCUGAAGAGCGGCAUGCUGACCCCCAUUUACAUCGACCUGAGAGUUCUCGUGUCCCACCCAGCGCUCAUGAACCAGGUGUCAAGUCUCAUAUACCAGCGAGUGCAAGAAGAGGGGCUACAGUUUGACUCGGUGUGUGGGGUUCCAUACACAGCUCUGCCUUUGGCCACAAUCAUCUGUUCUAGACAUGAACUGCCCAUGCUCAUCAGGCGAAAGGAGGCCAAGGACUAUGGAACCAAGCGUCUGGUGGAGGGCUCGUUUCGCGAGGGGGAUACAUGUCUGAUCAUUGAGGACACAGUGACCAGUGGCAGCAGCAUCCUGGAGACUGCUGAAGUGCUCUACAACGGGGGACUGAAGGUGACAGAUGCCAUAGUACUAAUGGACAGAGAGCAAGGCGGUGUAGAGAUGUUGGCUUCUGAGGGAAUCAAGCUCCAUCCCAUCAUCUCCAUGUUCAAGCUGCUCAAUGUGCUGCUGGCAGCCGAACGCAUCGACGCCCAAACCGCCCAGAACGUCCGCAAGUUCAUCCUAGACAAUAAUACUUUCAGCCCCAAGGAGGAGAAUGGAAAUCAUGUUCCUGCCACCAAGAAGCCAUGUGUGGAGCAGAACAUGGAGCUGAGCUAUGCAGACCGAGCCAAACUACCAAACAUUCACCCUCUGGCAUCAAAGCUGCUGAAGAUCAUGGAGGAGAAGCAGUCCAACCUCUGCGUGUCUGCUGACGUGAUGAGCAGCGAGGAGCUCUUUCAGCUGGCAGACUCUCUAGGUCCCAACAUCUGCGUGCUGAAGACCCAUGUAGACAUCCUAAAGGACUACACAGGGACCUUUAGCCAGAAACUGCAGGCUUUGGCUGAGAAACACAACUUCCUCAUCUUUGAAGAUCGCAAGUUUGCUGACAUCGGGAACACAGUCAGGCAUCAGUAUGAAGGUGGUUUGUACCAGAUCUCCUCUUGGUCCCACAUAGUGAAUGCCCAUGCGGUGCCGGGGCCCGGGGUUGUGAAGGGUCUGAGUGCUGUAGGAAAGCCUCUGGGCCGAGGCUGUUUGCUCAUAGCACAGAUGAGCUCCCAGGGGUCACUGGCUACUGGUGAAUACACAAAGGCUGUGCUGAAGAUGGCCGAGGAACAGGCCAACUUUGUGAUUGGGUUUAUCUGUGGCUCGAAGAUCUCCAAGAGGCCAGAGUUCAUCCACAUGACCCCUGGGGUACAGAUGCAUGCUGGAGGUGAUGCGUUGGGCCAGCAGUACACCACUCCGGAGGAAGCCCUCUACAACAAAGGCUCUGAUGUCAUCAUUGUCGGUCGGGGUAUCCUGGAGGCCCCUGAUAGGCUGAAAGCUGCUGAGUCAUACAGAAAGUCAGGCUGGGAGGCUUACACAAAGAGACUGGGCCGGAGUGGCCAAUAAGAGCUCAGGAGCAUCAUCUGCAUCAUUGCGUCUAAUUUCAAGUUUAAGCUACAACUCUAAAAAUUAUUUUAUUUGAAUAUUUUCGUGGAUAACAAGUGUGCACAUAGUUGUAUACAUAGAAACGUAUGUAGACAUGUGCGUCUGCACACCAAACUGCCACAUCAAAAUGCACACCUGUUCUAUACACAACCACACCAAUUAAUAGCAUUUGCAAGGGGUACUUGGCAGGUGUAGGGAAUUGGACACUUUACUGCUGAGUAUGUAAAUGUGUUCUUUUGAUUCUGUCCUAUUAAUAAGCUGCACAACUUGACCUGAACUCCAUCUGCUAAGGCUAAAGGUUUCAGUAUUCCUCUUAAGACUGAGUUAGUUCCUCCUGUCCAGGUCAAACCAUGCAGAGUUGGAGAUAAGUCGUAGAUUACCUAGAAUAGCUGGUGGUUAUUUUUUUUUUUGUUGUUUUUUGAAUGAGGUGGCUGCUAAACUCUCAAAAGUCCCCUGAGGAUUUGUUUGUGAAUGCAGGAAUACAAAGACUGCCGCUUCGAGUCAAGGUGAGGUUUUUCUUUGUCACAAACCCACCAUGUUUAUGCUUUCAUACAAGUGCUGAAAUACUAGACCGGGAUUUGUAGUAACAAUAAGAGUGGGUAUGGCUAAUUCUUACUUAAUUGUUGAUAUGAUAUUUAGGUUGAAAUUCUGGGACACCGUCGAGGAUCUUUUUUAUUUUGAGUUGUCCUAUCUGGAUCUUAAGCAUCGCUUUUCACAAAAUCACAAGACAAUCUCUUGAACUCCUCCAAAGAACAAGUGACACCUCCUAACAAGUCUCUGCUAUUCCCAGAGCCACUCAUUUUGUACUUCAGCUUCACAAAGUAUCAGUAUUAAGUUGAUUUAAACUCAUGGAAAUGGAACAGCUUGGUCAGUCGCAGUUCAGUAAAGGAUGAUGGGUUUCAAAUAGUGUUUUGAUUGAUCCUGACUUGAAUAUGCUGUCUUUUAUGAACAAAGUUGUGGGCCGUUUGAACAGUGAUCGGCCUGCUUGAUACGUUUUCCAACAACUGAAAUUGUUAGAGCAUUAGUUUGGAUGAUCAGUGUGAAGCCCCUCGAGAUGAGGGAAUGCCGAUUGCAGGCGAUUUAGAUGUCACAACUAUCUUAAGUCCAAUGUCUGCCGUCCAUAUUGCUUAACGUAAAACGACAAAUACUGAGGUGAGGCGAUCAUUUUUCUACCGAGAUAUAAAUUCAUUUAUAAUGUGAAUAGAUCAGUGAUCUCGGAGAACCAGUUGUUCUCCAUUGUUUAUCAACUGUCUCUCCAAAAAGAGAGUUGAUAACCAAGUUUUGUUUAGACAAGAGAUAAUUGCCUUCAGUUUGUGACAACUCCCUUUUUAAAAGUAGACAAGUUGGAUUUUGUAAACCGUGUGUCCUGGAGCCAUGACGGUUGUGUUAUUACUAUGAGGCCUACAUGAAACAAAUCUAUCGUAUUCUCUUUGAUUUUAUGGAUGAAAGUUUCUUCUCUUACAGAGACCUUGUUCGGCUUUUUCCCUCCAUGUACUUUCCUAUUUUUUUGUAACAGAACAAAUACUUCAAUAAAUCGAGUUGAAAAACUA